UUUUAACAAAGUGAUUUUUAAUAUGUUUUACUAAGUGUUUUAUAUACGAACGUAGAAGUGCCUUCAAGUUCAUGGUGCUUUGAUUAUCUUAAAUAUGGAUGAAUCAUUUUUACAUUUAUACAAUGCACAGAAUGCUAUAGCAAUUUUAGAUCAAAAUUCUACUGACAGAGCAACACAAUAUACAGUUUUAAAGUUCGAGUUAAAUAAUGUUAAAGCACAUGAUUUACACUUGCCAUAUUCGGAUUACAAGAAAUUAUUAGAACACCUGGAAGCGGAUUUAAGUUCUGACAGCUCUAACAUACUUUUGUUCCAUACUUUGAAUUCUUUAUUGGCUUGUUCUAUUUCUCAGGAUGAAAAAAUUCCCAUUGGAUCUCAUCGUAAAUUUUGGAUAUCAUUUGUAAAGAAAUUAAAAAUGAAAGUCCUACUGAGCUUACAACCUACUUGAGGAUUAUCUCCCUUUGUUUGAGUGCUGAUUUAUAUUUUUACUUGGUUGAAAUGAAUCCUGAGGCCUUUGCUCAAAUAUUUAAGAAAUGCAUUGUAGCCGAUCAAGAAAUAAAGAUUUUAAUUUUAGAGACAUACAGCAAACUAUAUAUGGAUGAUAUGAUUAGUCUAACAGGAAUCAUAUCUUUGAUUAAUUUGACAAUAAAUGAGCUAUUAAUACAUGUAUUUCCAAUUAUGUUUGAGGAACCUAAUGAUCUGAGGGUUUGUGCAUUAAAUUUGAUGUCAAAAUUGGUACCUGCUUUUAUUAAAUCAAAUUAUCGAACACAUUCGGAGUGGAUAAAUAUAAAACAACAUUUAACGAAUAGGUAUAGCAAUACAAUUAAGAAUCUACUAAUAAAUGAUAGUGAUUUAUGGCACAAAUCUUGGAUAUUGGUAGUUAUGCUGCUUUCACCAGAAAUUAAUAAAAGUUCAAAUAUUAUGAACAAAUUACUUUCAAUAAUUGAAGUGGGACUAAAAACUCAAACACAAAUUGCAAAUACAUGGGAUUGCUGGAAGGUCCUAAUAACUAUAUACAGUGAAUCAUCUGGUAGUGGUCAGGGAAUACAGAAUCCAAAAUAUAUAAAACUGUUAUCGUGCCCAUUCAAAAGACAAUUAAAAUAUAAUACUGCUUUUGAUAGAAUGUUUGAUACAUGGAUUCACCUGUUUGCAAACAUACCAAGAGAACAAUUUGAUGAAAAUUGUGAUUUGCUUGUUAGACCUUUUAUAGAAUUCAGUUUUGGUGUUAACACAACUGAUACUUUAAAAGUGAAAGAGCUAGUUCCAAAGAUUUUUUUUGUCUUUGUACAAAUGGUAGGCCACAGUUGUGAAGGGGAAAAAUGUUUAUCACACAAUUCCACUGCAAAUUCGGUACCACAUAAAAUAAAUGGAUAUUUGGCUUCCUAUAAAGUUUUUAAUACAUAUUGGAAAGAAAUUUUACAAUGUUCUGGUGAUAUGAUCAAGAAUUUAAUGAAAUUAAAUCCACUAGAGUACAAAUGGUCUGACAUUGCAAGUUGUGUUUGGAGUAGAAUGUUGAAGCUAAUAAACAUGCAUUUUUUAAACUCUGAAAAAAUUUCAGAAGUGCAAGAGGAGUUGCUGCGGAUUCUAAGUUUGCUUGUUGUGAUGUCCCAAGGCAACAAUCAGUUGGCAUCUGUUUGUCUUCAAUCUCUUUUAACAAAAACUGCUGAAGAAUUUUCUCAGAAAUUGAACUUCAAAGAAAAUAAAUAUGAAUUCAAAUUCAUAGAUUUAAUUACCCUGCCAUGUAUGGUGUCAUGUCUUGGAAAUGAUUCAUUAGUUCCAGUCUAUAAGAAUUUGUUAUUAAAUUUUCUGAGUGAUGUGUCAUCAAUGAAGUUUGCUUGCAGUAAAAUUUUAAAUUUGAUUAAAAAUAUGACCGCUGAAAACCCUGUUCCGAAUAUUACAUAUGAUCUGUUUUGUGAGACAGUGGUUGACAAAAUCUCUGGGGCUGGUAAUUUUUUUACCAAUAAUAUUGAGGAUAUAGCACAUAUUUUAACACAGUUUAUUGUGUUUCCAUUUGAACAUAAAAACUAUUUGAGAAUGAAAGAUAACACAAUAGAAAAUUUAAAUAUGUUGCAUGCAAAAUGCUGCUCAGAAAAGGUAGACAAAGUUGUCGCAGCAAAAAUCAAUGCUGAAAUUGCCGUAAAGUUAUAUUCAACAAAUGUAAAAUCACCUUUAGACACAUGUGAAAAAAGGCACAGGAAGAAUUUAUUUGUUCUUUGCAAUAAUGUAAUUUUAAACAUUUUUGCUACAGUGUUGGAAAGGAUAGAAUAUGAUGCUGAAAGUAUUUCCAUAUUUUUGAAAUUGUGCAGUCAGAUGAUCAUUUUCAUGAAGAAAUCAAGCAAUUCUGUUUUUGGAGAAUUUCAAUUUGGAAGUGAAGAUUUUGAAAAAUCCCUAAUCACCAUAGAAAGAUUAUGCUCGAUUUUGAAAAGCUUGAAUGUCAUUACGAUAGUAAAAUGUUUACAAGAGUUUGUUGCUGUAUUUGACAAUAUUUUAGAAAUUCGAGAAAUUUCUGAGCUUAGUAAAUUCAAUGUAUCUGUCACAAAUACAGUUGAUGAUUUAUGCAAAUAUUAUAUAAAUAACUAUCAAAUAAAACUAAAUGAAAAUAAAAGUUUUGAUAAAGUAUUGAAGUCUUUUAUACCAAUUUUCAAGAAAUUUGCAAUUGAUGAUAAAAAUAUAAAAGAAAUAAGUGCAUUAAUUCAAAGUGGUGAUACACCUUCUACAACUCCUAUUCGCACGCCAACAAUUUUUGGAAAAAGCCCUGGUUUGAUAAAUUCAAGACAUUCUCCUAAUUGUGGUACUCCUAAAUCAAAGAAAUGUCUUGAAGAUGAUUUUAUAGUUGUUCCAAAAACACCAGUCCGAAAACCUCAAUAUACUGAGAAGCAAAAGGAAAAAAUGAAAGAGCGCAGUGCUGAUAUUCCUUCUUUGUAUAAUGAGCUAUCACAGCAAUCACAGGAUUGCUCCUCCAUUACGACUAAUAAUACUAUUUUCACACAAAGCUGUCCUGAACCUGAAAAUGUGUCUAUAUUAGAAUUAUCUACUAGUGAGUUUGAGAAAAGUGAACUUGAUAAAAAUACUAGUAAAACUGGUAGUUUUUUCAACAAUGAAUUUUCUGAUCUAGAAAGUGGAAUAGAACAUUUUGAUAAAUGUCAUGAAUCUGUAAUAUCUAAUAAUAGUGUAGUAAAAUAUUUAUUAAUAAAAGUAAAUUGGACGACAUAA